GCUUUGUUCAUUUCGCAUAAAUUAUAGAAAACUCGGUUUAAAUACUAGGGAAUUUGGGUUGUGGGCGCACUGAUCACUAUUGCUUUCUUAGUGGUGGAUAAAAUUCCUACACUGUAGUAGUAUUUCAUAGUUAUAAAUACUGUACAGUAUAAGUAUCGUUUACAGUGUAUACAAUCGUGUACUGCACUUGUAAUGUGAAAAAUGUAAAUAAUUAAUAUGAACAUUUCGGUAGCUCUUGCCUCUGUUACAUUUUUAGAUACGAAAGCCUAUUUUUUUUAUUUAAUAAUAUAUUGUAUAUAGUCAAAAUGAUAUUGAGUGGAAUCCAAUCGACGAAAAGAUCGAGGAGCAGACUGAAAGAAACAUUUGUCGAUAGACUAUCGAUGGAUAGUUAAUGAAAUCGAAUUAAAUAAAAUUCGAUGCCUCUCGGCAGUAAACCUGAAUGUGUCAAGUGUGGGACUCGAGAGACCCCGCUUUGGCACUCGACCGAAGCCGGUAACCUUUGUAAUUCCUGUCUUGAAAAUGAGAGAAACUCAGAAGUGAAUUCAAAUGUAAAAAAUGAGGAUGAAGAUAAAGCAGGAUCAUUAAAGCCUACUAGGAGAAGUACAAGAAUAACAAGAUAUUGCAAUUCGAAAACAGUUUCGCACAAAAUAAUACCUAAAGGAAAAGGGCGAAGGAAUUUGUUCAAAAAAACUCCAGUGAAAGCACCAACAGCUACGGCAACUCCAGUUACAAGUAAUUAUGUAUUUUAUAAAGGCACUUACUUUCAAGUGGGUGAUAUAGUUUCAAUGCAAGAUAUUGAUGGUGGAAUUUAUUAUGCACAAAUUCGUGGUUUACUCACAGAUCAGUACUGUGAAAAAAGUGCUGCUGUUACUUGGCUUCUUCCUACUACAGCAAGCCCACCACCUGAUGAAGGAUUUAGUCCAGAGACAUAUAUUAUAGGUCCAGAGGAAGAUCUUCCACGUAAAUUAGAAUGCAUGGAAUUUGUAAUGCAUGCUCCAUCAGAUUAUUAUAAAUUAAAAAAUACACCAUAUCCACCAUCACUAGCGGAAAGAGGCACUGGAUAUAUAUGGACUACACUUAGAAAUGAAAUUUCGACAUUUAAAAAAUAAAUUUAUUUUUGUGGAUCAAUUAUUUUAAGCCCUCUUUUAAUUAUAUUUUUUUUAAUUUCAUAAAAAUAUAAGAAAGUUUUGUUUGAAACAAUGAAUCAUUGAUGAUUAGAAUAUACUUAAAGCUGUUAAACAGCUCUUUGAAAAUAAAAACUAUUGUUCAUUAUU